UGACCGGCAAACGCAGUCCUGUGUGAUGACGUCACGACGCUCGUCUUUCCUUCAUAUUCCGAAUACAGUACUGAUUUAACUGUUAGCCAAUCAGAAACGCUUUGGGGGGCUGGACCUGUCGGAAGUGACCAAUCACAAGCUCUCAGCCCAGGAACAUGCCCGGACAUGAGAGCGGAGAAGCCAGUACUGUAACACGUGGUGAGCGGCUGUAGUAUCGGCCGGGGAGCGGUGGGCACUGGACAGCCUUUCUACGAAAUGGAAAGCUUGACUUCCACUGGUCUCUUCCACGGCAUUCCUCAAAGUAGUCCCUACAUGAAAGCUCCUCAAACAGUUAUACCUGGGCAUGAACAUAAAGAUAGACGUGGCAGAAGGAGCAGAAAGCAUCAGCGCUUCUUGUUACGCAAAGCUUUUCUACAGGAACGUGGUCUACUAAGAAAAAACAAAUCUGAAAAACGCUCGUUCUCCAUCCAUGAUGACUGUGGCUCUUCAGGUUGUCCACAGGGAGCUGAAGAUAUCCUGUCUGAAAAACUAGAUGAGAUCAAUGCUACAUUGGGUGCUUUGCCACCAAAAGCUACCAUGUCCUCUGUAUGUUCUCCUCCAUGUGACUAUGAUAGUGGCUUGUCCAUGGCAGGCAGCUCUCCGUCUAGUAGAGCUUCUUCACCUGUUUCCUGGCUAAAACCCGGCAAGUGUGUUGCUGUUGAUUGUGAAAUGGUUGGUACUGGUCCUGGUGGGAGGAUCAGUGAGUUGGCGCGCUGCUCUGUGAUCAACUAUCGGGGAGAUGUUAUAUAUGAUAAAUAUAUUAAACCGGAGCUGCCAGUAAUGGACUACAGGACACGCUGGAGUGGCAUUACAAGAAAACAUCUGAAAAAUGCUAUUUCAUUCAAGACUGCUCAGAAAGAGAUCCUGAUGCUUCUCAAGGGUAAAAGAGUGAUUGGACAUGCACUACACAACGAUUUCAGAGCUCUAAAAUAUUUGCAUCCCUUGGUCCAAACUAGAGACACCAGUGAAAUGACUUUACUUAACCACCUAGCAGGACUUCCACCAAAUGCACAAGCUUCCUUGAAAACCUUAGCAUUCAAUAUCCUCCAGAAAAGGAUACAGGUUGGUGUGAAGGGCCACUCGUCAGUUGAAGACGCACAGACAUGCAUGGAGCUAUAUAAGUUGGUGGAGGAGCAGGUGGAACAAGAUCUCCUGAGUAGCUCCCAGAUGAGUGACUGCAGUAACGGAGAUGAAGACUACACCACAUGUAACCAGUACAUGGAUGAUCAGUACUGGCCCUCUGAUCUAAAUGAAGACUGUAAAUGAAUGGACUAAGCUAUUGGACUAGAUUGACGACCUGUCACUAUGCCUGACGUGUCUGUUUUAGUAGAUAAUAAUAUUAAUGAGGAAAUUAUUGUAUUCUGCAUGGAAUGACAAUUCUGCAUCUUUUGUUAGAACUCUGCGUAGUGCCAUUCCUCUGUUAAUCCUACUGGAAAUUGAUCAUACACUGACAAGUGGGUGCUUCUAGUUAGAAGUGUGUCCCUAUACUAUCUUACAGUAUCCAGUCAGGGGUGACUGUAUUACACUGUCGGGACACACCCCUUUGACAUAGGGAUAUUGUCCCACCCAGUUGUCAAUUUGUGUAUACAUUUCUAAGAGGAAUAACAGAGGAACAGCUUAACAAAGAACGCUAAGAGAAGAUGAUCCAAAAUUGUUAUAAUAUGGGGACCACAACGAUUUACUAAAAGACAGGUCAUCUUUAAGGAUAGGGUCACACAUGCCAUUUUUUUACUGCCUUUGUGCUGCUGUGUAUUUUCCUGCCAAUUGAAGUCAAUGGGUAACAAAACUGGCUUCCUAUUUUCACUUCAAUGGGUACGACAAUGCAUAAAUAAGCAGCAAAAUACGGCACAUGUGACCCUACCCUAAAGGGAAUCAAUUACUUAGAAAAUGCAGUCCAGUCUGUAGGCAUCAUGUUAUAGAUCAGGAAGAGCUGUUCAGAAUGAUAUAGGGGGAGAUUUAUCAAAACGUGUACAGAGGAAAAGUUUACCAGUUGCCCAUAGCAACCAAUCAGAUUGCUUCUUUUUUGAAAAGGCCUCUGCAAUCUGAUUGGUUGCUAUGGGCAACUGGUCAAUUUUUCCUCUGCUCAAGUUUUGAUAAAUCUCCCUCAUAUAGUUUUGUGGGGAAACUUACAGAAUAACUUAUCAUGUAUUCGUUUAAUCUCUGCUCACUCAGGGCUAAGUAGUCAUGUUGGCAGUGCUACCCAGUGAUUUAACAGCUCUCUAUGUGCUGACAGCUGUCAAUCACUGAGUAGCCCCGCCCAUUUGACUAUUUAGUCCAGAAUGAGCAGACGUUUACAUGAGUAAAUGACAAGUUAUCUGGGAACCUUUUCCACAAAACUAUAUAUCAAUCUAUUUAGCUCCUCCUGCUCAGUAACAUAAUGCAAUAGCGCUUAAACAACACGCACUUUUUAGGCUAAAAUUUUUAGCCUAAAGUCUACCUGCGUGUUAUACACCGAUAAGCCGCUGCAGUUCAAUGAUUUAAAGCGGGCGCUUUAAAUCAAUGAACUGCAGCGGCUUUGCAGGUGCAGAGACCUGCCGGCUUCUCUGCCCCUGCCUGUCCUGGGGUCUAGAGCCCUGCUGCCGGCCCUUCUCUCCCCCUGACUAUCGGUGCCGAUAGCCAGGGGGAGAGAAGCGGCGCCGGCAAUCAGGGGGAGAGAAGGGGCAGCGGCACCCAUUGCCGGCGCCGCUUCUCUCCCCUGGCUAUUGGUGCCAGGAACGCGGACCCGACCCCGGCAACAGGUAAUUAUACAACCGGGGAUGGGGGAGGCAGCGGCGCUGGCAAUUGGUGCCGCUGCCCCGUUGCCUCCCCCUGGCUAUCGGCGCCGCUGCCCCAUUGCUGGUGCCGCUUCUCUCCCCCUGGCUAUUGGCGCCGGCAAUGGGGCGCCGACACCGAUAGUCAGGGGGAGAGAACGGGCAGCGGUGCAGAUAGCCAGCGGGAGGGAAGCGGCGGCAGCAGGGCUCUAGACCCCAGGAGGCAGGGGGAGUGAAGCAGGCAGCGACGGCCUCUCUCCCCCUGCCUUUCCUGGGGGUGCAUCGGGGUAUACGCAUGCACACACACACCCUCAUUUUACCAAGGAUAUUUGGGUAAAAAACUUUUUUUACCCAAAUAUCCUUGGUAAAGUGAGGGUUCGUGUUAUAGGCCGGUGCGUGGUAUACCCCGAUAAAUACGGUAAUCAGUAAUGAUUGAAAAAAUAUUAUUUAAAAAAAUACAAAUAAACUUCUCCCAUAAUAAUAAUAACAACAAAAA